GCUGCUAGUAGCUAGUAAACCCCUCUUUACAUCAACAUCCUUUCUUAAUUCAAAAUCAAAGGUUUAAUUAACCAUUAAUUAAGAAUGGAGAUGAGAUGGUGUCAUAGAAACAUGUGCACUGUCUUGAAAUGUAUGCCCGAAUACCUGCUGGAUUUUUUCAAUUUUUUUAUACUCAGAUUUUUGUUUUGCGUGUAUGGAUGCUGCUUGUACGCCAUGGAGGGUGUGGUGAGAGCAGUAAUGAGCUUUCUGUCUUCACUUGUCUUUCAUUAGGGUGCUAUAGUAGUAGUGGUGGUGCAUACUGCAUAUCAUAGCUUAGCUUAGCUACCUUCUUCAAACUGUACUCUCUCCAUAUUCAAUACACAUUUCCUCUUCUCUCUCUAGACCUCUGUCUCAGUCUCAGUCAUCAUCUUCUCCACCACUUCUCUCUAGAUCUCUGUCUCUAUCUCAUUCAUAUACAUUUCCCUGUCUCUUUUAUUGCAAGGUUUGGAAUUAAUCAAGCAAAGGGGAUGGUAACAAACUUAUCUUUCAAGAUCAUGAACAGCUAAAAGUUAUAAUGGUGAUGAGGGAGUGAGUGAGUGAGUUAACAAACAGUAUAAUAAGUAGCUAGUAUUCAUUUUUGGAAGUAAAAAAGGGAUUUGAUUGAGUUGAUUGAUCAUGGCAGUAGUAGCUGCAGAUAAAGGAGUAGUGGUGGAUGAUGUGGGUGGAGAUAUGCAGUGUAGUAAUCAUCCAUACAAGAACAAUAAUAAUCCUGGUGGGAUCUGUGCUUUUUGCCUUCAAGAGAAGUUAGGUAGACUUGUUUCUUCUUCUAAAUCUGAUCCUUGUUUCUUUCCUGUCAACACUCCUCCAUCAACAACAGCAGCAGGUGAUUCUUCCUCUUCUCCUUCCUCUUUAAUCACUGCCAGAUCUAGCAAUAGUGGAUUUGGGACUAGUAAUACCAUUAAUAUUAAAAAUGCAGCAGCAGCAUUAGCAUUAGGAACUGCAUCAUCAUCAUCAUCAUCAGCUGCUCAUGAUAAUAAUCAUAAUAAAACAACUACUGCUACUACUUCUUCAAAGAUGAUGAUCAUGAAUGGUACUAAUAAUAAUAAUGUUCAUCAUAAUUUGUUAGAAACAUCUCAAAAGAAGACGAGAAAAUCACCCAUUGCUGCUACUAAUUCCUCCUCAUUAUCAUCAUCACUUCAACAACAUCAGAACAACAAAUUGGUUAUGCUCAAGAGAAGCAAAUCCUCUGCUGCAUCUAACACUAGGCGUAUUAUUAGUCAUGAACCUCGCCAUCAGAUCUUCGAUAAUGACGACGAGGAGCAGGAAUUAGGAACAACAGAUGAAUACACCACCCCGGCAAAAUCUGCAACUACGAAUAAGCAUCAUAGAGGGUUUUGGUCCUCAUUCUUGCAUCUGUCCUCUGCCUCCAAUAGAACUAGCAAGAGAACCAUUAGAAGCGGUCCUUACGGGGAAAGGGAUCAGCGAGACAGAGUGGCAGUGAUGUCGAACACUACAGCAACAAAUGCUAAUAAUAAUACAAUCAGUUCAACAAUAGCUGAAAAGGAAGAGAAAUUAGGAGGUGGUAAUGAGAGCAGUAGUAGUAAUGGUGUGGCAUCAUCAACUAGGAGAGAUGCUAUUGGGGGUUAUGGGGAUGAGAAUGACAGUCCCAACAGCAGUAGCCAUGCCUCGUCGUCUAAUUCAUUCGGAAGAAAAGUAGCUAGAUCCAGAUCAGUUGGGUGUGGUAGUAGGAGCUUCUCUGGUGCAUUCUUAGAGAAGAUUUCUACUGGAUUUGGUGAUUGUAGUACUCUCAGGAGAGUGGAGUCUCAAAGAGAAUCCAAUUACCAUAAUAAUAAGAUGGUUGCCGUGGAUGAUCACCACCGCCACAACCACCACCACCGCCAUAUCAAAGAGCGGGUAAAAUGUGGUGGGAUAUUUGGAGGAUUCACUAUGACUAACACUAGUAAUAGCAUUAGUAAUGGCGGGAGGGUUGUAGCUGCUGUAGUUGGACCUCCACAUGGUCGGAGUAAAAACUGGGGAUGGGCAUUUGCGAGUCCUAUGAGAGCAUUCAGGCCGCCUACUUCUUCGUCUUCGUCAUCCUCGUCAAAGCCGGGUGGCUCUGUUGUUGUUGCUGCUGCUCCAAAAGACAUAUGGUUUGUGUAAUGCUAUUGACCACUAGCAUUUAAAAGAGAUACUUAAUUCAGUUACAGGAUUUUAAUCUUGAAUUUUUGUACAUUAUCAGUCUUGGUAUUCUUAUUCAGCUAGCUUCA